AUGCUUAAGAAAUACGUUAAUGCACGCUCUCAUCCACCACGGAUAGUCGAGCAUCCGAUAGAUACGACAGUGCCGCGUCAUGAACCGGCGACACUUAAUUGCAAAGCCGAGGGUUCACCAACGCCCACAAUACAAUGGUUUAAGGACGGUGUGCCGUUGAAAAUACUGCCCGGAUCCCAUAGGAUUACGCUGCCGGCAGGUGGAUUGUUUUUUCUCAAGGUUGUAAAUUCGCGCCGUGAAACAGAUGCCGGCGUCUAUUGGUGUGAGGCGAAAAAUGAGUUGGGCGUAGCGAGAAGUCGGAAUGCCACAUUGCAGGUUGCGGUGCUGCGCGACGAAUUCCGUCUGGAACCGCAAAAUACACGCAUAGCACAGGGUGACACAGCACUAUUGGAAUGUGCCGCACCACGUGGCAUACCCGAACCGACGGUAUCGUGGAAGAAGGGUGGCCAGAAAUUGGAUUUGGAUAGCACGAAGCGUAUGCGAAUUGUCGACGGUGGCAAUUUGGCCAUACAGGAUGCACGUCAAAGUGACGAGGGUCAAUAUCAAUGCAUUGCCAAGAAUCCUGUGGGUGUACGAGAAUCUGUGUUGGCCACGUUGAAGGUGCAUGUGAAACCAUUCAUCAUACGUGGCCCACAUGAUCAAACUGUUUUGGAGGGCUCAUCGGUGACGUUUCCUUGUCGUGUUGGCGGUGAUCCAAUGCCAGAUGUUUUAUGGUUGCGCACAGCAUCCGGCGGAAAUAUGCCAUUGGAUCGCGUUAGCGUACUGGAAGAUCGCAGUUUGCGACUGGAGCGUGUGACAAUCGCUGACGAGGGCGAAUAUAGCUGUGAAGCAGACAAUGUCGUUGGAGCGAUCUCUGCGAUGGGCACCUUGACCGUUUUUGCACCUCCCAAAUUCAUACAGCGUCCAAUAAGCAAAUCCAUCGAACUGGGUGCUGACACUUCGUUCGAGUGUCGAGCGAGUGGCAAUCCACGCCCUACACUCUUCUGGACUAUUAAAAACAAUCGCACAAUUAUAUUUCCCGGUGCGCCGCCACUAGAUCGAUUUCAGAGCAUCAACACCGAGGAGGGUCACUCAAUAUUGACGCUAACGAAUUUCCAACGCACCGACCGCGAUUUGAUUGUGGUUUGUAAUGCGAUGAAUGAGGUUGCAACAAUAACGGCACGCGCGCAACUAACGUUAGACUCCCAAGAGGAUCGCCCACCGCCCAUAAUAAUUGCAGGACCAGUUAAUCAGACAUUGCCGGUGAAAUCACUGGCGACGCUACAAUGUAAAGCCAUCGGUUUGCCAAAUCCCACUAUCUCGUGGUAUCGCGAUGGCAUACCUGUGCAUCCGAAUGCCAAGGUGAACAUUACAGCAGCCGGCGAUUUGAUAAUUUCCGAUUUGGACCGCAAAGAAGAUCAGGGUUUGUACACGUGUGUAGCGAGCAGUCGCACCGGCAAGUCAACAUGGAGUGGUUACCUGCGCAUCGAAGUGCCAACCAAUCCGAAUAUAAAAUUCUAUCGCGCCCCCGAACAGACCAAGUGUCCCAAUGCGCCCGGCCAACCCACUGUACUGAAUGCAUCCGCCAAUGCGCUCACUAUCGUCUGGGCGACUAGCGACAAAGCGGGCGCCUCACCACUACUCGGCUACACGGUUGAGAUGUAUUCGACGAAUAAGAGUAAGACGUGGAUACCGAUAGCGUCACGCUUGAGUGAACCCAUUUUCACGGUUGAAGGCCUUAGCGGCGGUGCAGCGUACAUGUUUAUUGUGCGCGCUGAGAAUGCACAUGGCUUCUCACCGCCCAGUCCCAUUUCGGAGCCAAUUACAGCUGGUAAAUUAGUUGGUGCCGGCGGCAGGAGUGGCGCGGGUGGUGGCGGCAGUGGGGGCAUCAAUGUAGGUGGCAGCGUAGGCGGUGCGCCCACUUCGGAGCUGUUACUCAAUGAAGCGGAAGCUGUGUUGCAGACAAAUGACAUAGUCGAGCUGCUCGAGGCUAAUGCUACCGACUCGACGACCGUCCGAUUGGCUUGGGACAUUGACAGCGGUCAGUACAUUGAGGGUUUCUACAUCUAUGCACGUGAGCUGCACUCGGCUGAAUACAAAAUGAUGACCAUAUUGAAUGCGGGCAGCGGUGCGACGGCGUGCACGGUGAAUGGGCUGGAGAAGGCGAGCGUAUAUGAGUUUUUUCUUGUGCCAUUUUUCAAGAGCGUCGUAGGCAAACCGUCCAAUUCGAAGCGAGUGCGCACCAUGGAAGAUGUACCCGAAUCACCGCCACAUGCCAUGGAGGCCAUACAAUUCAAUCGGACAUCGGUAUUUCUCAAAUGGCAGCCGCCUUACCCGAAUAAGACACGAAAUGGCGUUCUAACCAACUACAAUGUGCUGGUGAAGGGCUUGGACUCACACAAUACAACACGUAUUUUCAAAAAUAUGACCAUCGAUGCCGGCUCACCGACUCUGCUGCUGGCCAAUCUCAGUACUGGAGUUACAUAUUACAUUUCCGUUGCGGCCGCCACGAAAGUGGGUGUGGGUCCAUUUAGUAAACCGGCCGUAUUGCGUAUGGAUCCACGCACACAGUCGCUCGACACGGGCUACACGAGAUAUCCCAUAAAUCGCGACAUUGCUGAUGAUUUCCUAACGCAGACUUGGUUCAUCAUUUUGCUGGGUUCGAUUAUAGCGCUAAUUGUCUUUCUGUUCGGCGCUUUGGUACUCUUCAAACGUUAUCAAUUCAUUAAGCAAACAUCGUUGGGCAGUUUACAUGGCAAUCACGCAAUUGGUGCCGUGCGAAAAUUCCCUACACUACCUUUGAAUGGCGCUAGCGGUGUUUGGAUCGAUCCAACGGGCGGCGUAUGGCGUCAAGCUAGCGCCUGCACAACAAAGGACCAACUUCCGGAUUACGCACAAGUCACCGGGCAACAAACGUUGCCAUUACCCGAUUAUGAACGCCUGACGCCGCUCAAUAUGCCCGAUUACGCCGAGGUUGCAUGUUCAACAUUUAAAACGCCAAACGGCCCAUUGGGACACGUAACGCCAAACGGAAAUGCACAUGCCAUAUUGCAGCAAACAUCCGGUAACGGUAACAAUGCUGGUGGUUCUAGUGUUGGUGGUGGUGGCGGCUGUAAUGUGCCAGCCCUCUCUGGCCAACACAAUGGAAUGGCGCUCUAUGAUAGCUGCGGCGCGUAUGCCACAACGAAUUUGGUGGCAAAUGCCAAACUCUAUCAGAAUCGUUAUGGCACAACGACAACGGGUAAGUCGGCGUCUGCAACACAGCCAACAUCAACGGCAACAGCGUCCAUAGUUAACAGCAAGGCAUUGCGCCAAUUUAGCAGCAAUAAUAAUAACAGCAACAGCAGCGUUAGUGGCAACAGUCCAGCACACAUGCAUAGCAAACAUGAUGAUUACCGCGCUACUGGCAUGUACUCAGCGCCACCGAGCGCACACUACGCGGGGCUCAUCGAUUUGGCUGCAUCUAAUCCAUUCAACGACAAAAUGACCGCCUCCACCGCAUCUACUGCUAUAUUGAGCGCAUCACCCGCGAAGAGCGCGUGUAAUAAGAAGGCCGACGCGAAGAGUCUUUAUGGCGGCAGCUGUGCUGGCAGUCAGCAGAAGAUUAAUAUCACCGAAAAUAAACUGGAUCUCAUGAGCAAUCUGAGCCGCAUUUCGCCCACACCCACUAGUGGCUCGUCCACCUCCUCUUCUGCCGCAACAGCGUCCAGCUCGGCGGGUAGUGAUAGCGUUGGCGCCACUGGUAACGCGCUCAUGCCACGCUUAAACCCUUUCAACACCGGCGGUUGCGCUAGCGCCAACUUUAACAAGCAACAACAACAGCAGCAACAACAACAACUAUUUGCCGCCAGCAAUGCAUUACGCCAAGGACUCGGUGCUUUUGCCAACACAACAUUGGCUGCGCAAAUGGUAAGCGGCGGUGGUGCUGGCACAUUGCGUCGGCAACGUCACCCAAAAAUAUUCAAAAGCGAGAAUAACAUCAACUUUGGCAAUAUAUAUGGCAGCAGUGGCGGCAAUGACAGUGCCAGCAAUAAUAAAUCACAAUUGCUCAUAAGCCACCUUGGCGGCGUUGGUACUGGUAAUGCGCUCACACUUAGCGCCGCCUCAAAUAGCAGCAGCGCUGCGCAUUUUGACUUUCUUACAGGCGCCGACGAAGAAGCGCUAAGUAGCGUUCACGCCAAAAAUAUCCCUAGCGAUGCGGCCGGCGAUUUUGGCGCCGCGCUUAGCACAUCAACGAAUCAACUGCUCAAUGAGUGGGCUUCCAGCGUCAGUGCAGCGGCCGCGGAGCAACAAUCAAGCGGCACACAUGCCAGCGUGCACAGCCUCACACAAUCAACCCACCAGCAAAAUCAACAACAAAAACAACAACAGCACCAUCAAACAAAUCACCCACACCACAACCAGCAGAAUUACAAUCACAGCUUCGGCAGCAAACAGCCGAGCAAGCAGCAUUUGUACGUGAAAGCGAAGGAUGGCUCCUGGACAGCUGUCUCCUCGGAUGCAUAUCAAUCCUAUAAGCAGCAGCAGCAACAAUCGCUAACACAAGGUGAUAAGCCACAACAGCAACAGCAACAACAACAACAGUCGAUAACAGCAAGUCAUAAUGCCAGUAAUUUGAAAGCCAGCAACAAUGCCAGCUGCAUUAGUAGUAGUAAUAGUAAUACCAGUAGUAGUAUUAAUAAUAGUAGUAGUACCGUUAAUGCUGGCGCCGCUCAAAAGAGCUUUGAAAGCAGCUUAAACGCAUAUAGCGCCUCGCCGCAAAAGAGUAGUGCUAAUAAUGGUAACAGUAGUUGUAGUAGUAAUUACAGUAAUAUGCCCGCCGCCCAACUGAAAGACACGCCCACACACGCACAAUCACAGCAGAGUCAAGCUGUAGCAGCAGCUGCUGCUAACGCAAUAUACUUCAGCAACUUCGGCGGCGUAAGUGAUAAAGUGUAAGAUGGCGCGCUUGCAAGUUCAUUAGCGCCCUUAUUCUCUCUGUUUCGCUUUAAUCUCACGUGGUGCGCGGUAGUGAGAGCUGUAGUUAGCGCUAACGCUUACUUUCCUAAUUACAUUGUAGGUACACACUAAUGCGAGUUAUUAACGCUCUACGUGCGCUAAGUAUGAGAGGCGGGAUCGUAAUAAAGUACGAAGAGAGAUGGAGAGACGAAGCGGUUAAGCGAAAGAGAUAACUAUAAGUUGGGCUUUUAGAUAAAAUAAAAUAAAAUGAUUUUUUGUGGUGGAGAUUAAUUGAAGAUUAGUCGCGAUUAGUUAAUCGCGUUUUGGUGCAUAAGUGAAACAUGCGGAAAAUUGGUAAGAAAAAAGGUGAUUCAUAUUAAUAUUUAAGUGACACAAAAGUACACAAUUAUUUGAAAUAAUCGACGACUUCAAAUUUUUCUACGAUCCUAACCCCUGAAAAAGGCAGGAAAUUAAGGAAAAAAACAGUUUCCAUUUGUUAAACGAUAAAUGAGUCGGUCUCCCUUCAAAGUGGUCUCCCCUCAAUUUACAAAGCACUUGUUCUAGGUCUUUCUUCCUCUCCUCGAAAUAGGUCAUUAUUUGGUAUGUCCUUGAGCUCCUUCUUUGAUUGUAUUUUAUAAACUCAAUUACAAUUAACAACCUAUUUAUGUGUCGUUUCAAACCUUUUUUUUUUUAGGGAAAGUUUUUUAUUUCUUUAUUUUA